AUGGCCUCGCAGGUGCACCAGCUCUCUCUGGGCCCCAUCACGGCGCAUGCCUUCAACGCGGACCGGUCCAAGGUGGCCGUGUGCCCCAACACCAACGAGGUGCAGAUCUACGACUCCACCCACGCCGGCUGGGUCCUGACGCACACGCUCAAGGAGCACGACAAGCUCGUCACGUCCAUCGACUGGGCGCCCCAGAGUAACCGCAUCGUGACGUGCAGCCAGGAUCGCAACGCAUACGUGUGGACGCUGGGCCAGGAUGCCCUCGUGCCCAGCAAGCAGGUCUGGAAGCCGACGCUCGUCCUCCUCCGCCUGAAUCGAGCCGCGACGUUCGUCCGAUGGAGCCCCAACGAGGACAAAUUUGCCGUCGCGAGUGGUGCGCGCAUCAUCAGUAUCUGCUCCUUUGAGUCGGACAACGACUGGUGGGUGGCCAAGCACAUCAAGCGGCCCCUGCGCUCCACUGUCCUUUCGCUCGACUGGCACCCCAACAACGUCCUCCUCGCCGCUGGAUCGGCCGACAUGCGCGCCCGCGUCUUUUCGGCCUUUAUCAAGGGCAUCGACGAGCGCCCCCCGCCCAGCGUGUGGGGCGAACGACUGCCGUUUGGUACCGUCUGCGGAGAGUACGCCACGCCUGCGGGAGGUUGGGUGCAUGGUGUCGCCUUCAGCCCUAGCGGCGAUGCCCUUGCUUUUGUCGGCCACGACUCUUCGCUGACGGUCGUCUAUCCGUCGGGGCCCGAGCAGCCGCCGCAUGCGAUUCAUGUCCUGCGCAGCCCCACGCUGCCCUACGUGGCCCUCGACUGGAUCACCGAGACGAGCCUCGUGGCCGGCGGUCACGACUGCCAGCCGGUCCUCUUCGAGGGCGACGUGAACGGCGGAUGGCGGAUCAGCAAGACGCUCGAUGUGGGCGGAAGCGCUGCGACAAAGGCCGCGCCGCCGCCCCCACCGCCCAAGGCGCCUGGCCUGAGCAGCGGCGGACCACCCGGCGUCGGAAGACUGAACAACGAGGCAUUCAACCGCUUCAAGAGCGCAGACGCACGUGGAUCCUCCUCGGCCCCUUCGUCGGGCCUUGGCAAUGCCCCGCCUUCGCCUGGCGGUGCUGGGGCUGGCAACGGAUCGAUUGCGAGCCACUUGGGCGCCGUCGCUGGCGCCAGCGUCGGUGCAGACGGCGAGCUCCACACGACGCACCAGAACACCAUCACGAGCAUCCGCACCUACGAGGGAAGCCGCGAGGACGUCAAGAGUGUCAGCACGAGCGGCGUCGAUGGCCGGCUGUGCGUCUUUGAAAUCAAGGGCAAGGGUGCUGGCAUCGGCGGCAUCCAAAAGGGCCUCGCCAGCAUGCGAGUCGCCUAG